AACUACUCACGCUGCAGCACCCACCUGGACUGCCUGGGGCCACUUAGAGCCUAGAUACAUUCUCAUAGCCUGAAAUAUGGACUAGUCAAAAAACCGGGGUGAUGAUUGGACUGUGGCGAGUUGAAGCUGUGAUGGAAGUUGUUGAAGUGAGGACUUGUGGAGUCCCCGUCCCCCCCACCUCCAACUUCUUUCGUCCAUGGAAAUGUCCUCGUUUUCUUUCCCGCAUCCUUUUCAACUCUCCCCAGAUUUGUUCAAAUCUCAAUUGAGCCCGUUGUCCAGCUGUACGCGUUCUGAGCAGCGCCUGCUGCUGAAGUGGAAAAGAUGCCGACACCCAAAUCCUUUGCCAAGAGGAGGCAUGCUACCAUGGCCUGCGUGUCUUGUCGCGAAAGUAAGGUCAAGUGCGACGGCGCCGAACCGGCAUGCUCUAACUGUGCCAACAGAAAUCGAGAAUGUCGCUACCAAGCUGUCGACAAGAGAAAACUACCUCUCCGUGUCGCCAUUGAAUUGCUAUCAAGCAGGGUGGACCAGCUAUGUUGUUUUAUCCGAGAGAAUGGAAUGCAGCCACCCCCGAUGUCGCAAGAAAAGGAUACGGCUCUGGGAAAGGUACUGGAAAUGCUUGGAUUGACUGAAAUAAAUUCGAACUCGAUGCGACAGCUUGCCUGUAAGCCAGAGCAGUCGAUGAACGAAAUGAAGGACGCCUAUCCCAACGUGGCGAAUUCUCAUCCAAUUCCGAUGGCACAAGCCCUGGAAAGAAGCGAAUCCAAGCAGCACUCCGAAAACUCGCCCGAUGCCCCGUAUAUGGGUGCCGAACAACUUCAGAAUAGCAUAUCCGCAUUGCCAUCUGCCGUCGAAGAUGGUACAGCUAGUGUGCCACUCUACCAAGAUUUACCUGAUAUUCAAUCAAACAAUGACCCGAGCAGUUGGAAUUGGCAACUAGGCACCGACACAUUCCUGCCAAAUUCCCCAUACAUGCACAACUUUCCCACUCCUCCGUCUCCUAGGGGCACCGUACAAUCCAUGCUUGGUGAAAUACCUGAACCAUUCGAGCCCAUAGUCGCCGAUGAUGAGAGGACGCUGGUGGAUGAACCCAGUAGCCCGGAGGAUGUAGAGGGUCUCAUUGAUGAGCUCUCUGACCGAGUCGGAACGCUACAAAUCAAGCCCGGAGGACAGACCCAAUUCUACGGUCCAACUUCAACCUUCAAUCUUGCCGAUAUGUUGGCUACUUCAAAUUCCGGGACACGCCUUACCGCCCAGAACGACGCAUUGGAAUGUCUACGGCGCCUCGGAAAUCAUAAGACUGUUCCUGCUCCCCUAGAAGAGCACUUAAUGAAUCUCUAUUUUAGUUGGCAAGACCCAUCUUUUCAUGUGGUAGAUCGGAUGACGUAUGGAGAUGCCAAGGCAAGGUGGUAUGCCCUGGGUGACACACCUUACUACUCAGAGUCACUUCGAAAUGCAAUGUGUGCUAUCGGAGCUUCGUUUGAGACGCGCUAUCACCCGGAUUUUGUCACAUUUCCAAAAUCGCUUGUUGAUUUUUUCGGUGAUCGUGCAAAAGCCCUUCUUGAGGUUGAGAUGGAUUCUCCUUGCGUGGCAACAGUCCAAUCUCUGGUCAUCUGCAGCAGUCUUGAGGUUGGGAGCGGAAGAGAAGCGCGUGGGUGGCUUUACAGUGGAAUGGCCAUCCGACUUGCCUUCAACCUCGCCCUGCACCUUGAUAUGUCAUCUUAUGUUUCCGGUGGACUUAUUACUCCGGCAGAUGCGGACCUACGUCGAGCUGUAUUUUGGGCUGCGUACACAGUUGACCAUCAGCUAGGAUUUCAUCUGGGCAGACCAUUUCGUACAAAUAUGGAAGAUGUGACCGUUGGGAAACCUACUAAGAACACGCACCGACGUGGAUCUGACAGAUGGGCUCCAUAUGUAUCUCCUGGGUCUAUUUACGCUGGACGAGGCGCACCGGACUGUAUGGAAUCUGUGUGUGAAGAGCAAAUUAACCUCUGCGAAAUCAUGGCCCCAUGUGGCGACUUCUUAUACGGAACGUCAAAUAUUUCCAAGGUGGUACUCCAGCACUUGAACGAGAAAGUCGUCGCAAAGCUCCUCAACUGGAAAGCCGGACUUCCCCCAUCAUUACAAAUCGACUUGGAUGAUCAGACCGCCCCGUAUAUUCCACAGGUUCUUUUACUACAUAUGCAAUACUACCAGAAUAUCAUAUAUGCGCACCGACCAUGGAUGUCAAAAAGUCAUCUCCAGCCUCAACCACCAAAAGGCCCAGGGCACGGACAUGCCCGAGAGAUGUGUAUCCAAUCCGCGAUUGCUAUAGCCAAACUCCUUGUCAUGUACGAGGCGAGGUAUACCCUUCGGCGAAUCCAUACAAAGGCGGUUGCUAUUACUUCCUCCGCUGUUCUUUUGCUUCUUUUCGCUGCCGUAACUCAGUAUCGAUCAGACGAGCACUGCAAUUGCGGAAUUGCAAGGCAUUUGAGCACAUGUUUUCGUGCACUAGACGAAUUUGCCAUCUCAUGGCCGAGUGCUAGCCGAGCUAAAGAUCUAUUGCUGGGGCUGCAACGGCGAUGGGAAAUCCGGAUGCGCUCUAGUAAGGGAAGCUAUAACUUAGAAAGUGGAAUUCUCAGGCCAGCAAAACAACAGUCAACCUCAAUUGGACUUGAUGGAUCAAGUUCCAAAGAUUGCGAAAUAUCAAACGAAAGAUCGGGCUCGCUUGAAGACAUCAACAUUGAUACUGAUAUAGACUGGAUGCUCAUGUCUGAUGGAAAAUCACAAUCCGACAAUAGAGCCGCGGAUCUUUAUUCGUUGCUCUCAAACCCUGUUGCCAUGCAUCCAGAACGCGGAAGCGUGUAGAGGCUCAGCAAUGUCCUCUCAGCUAAUUAACGCCAUGAUGUUGUAAUUCAAAACCACAAACCGAACAGUUCAUCUAUAUUAUAUGUACAGAAUGUGCAUUAGUGACCUUUUAUCCCGACCUCUGAGUUACGGGAACACCAGGCGUCUCCUGCGCUGAAGCAGGGCUUGGGGGUGCUUCCCCGGUAAACCACUGACUCGGCUUAUCUCCAAGCUCGAAUUCUAGCGUGCCACCCUCGGCAAAGAUGUCAUCCCACGCCAGCCAGUUCUUUUUCCAGUCCUGUCCAUUUACCUUCAAGCUUUGGACAUAGAUUUUUGUGUCCCCGUUACCGU